GGCGCCGGGCGGGGGCGCGUCCAAUCCGGCGGCGGGCCCGGCGCGAGCGGAGCAGGCAACAUGGAGGGAGGCGCGGCGCCCGGCCGCCCCUGACGCGCCGCUCCUGGUCCUCGUCGUCCGCGCCUGCGGCAGCCCGAGCCCGAGCCGAGGGGCCGCGCCUCGCCAGCCCCGGUCCCUGCGGCGCGGAGAUGAGCAGGUCCGCGGCGCUCCUGCUCUGCUUGCUGGGCUGCAACGUCUGGAAGGCGGUGACCAAAACGCUGCGGGAGCCCAGCGCCCAAGAAGUUACACUGAAGGUCCACAUCAGUGACGCCAGCACCCAUCAGCCCGUUACGGAUGCGCUUAUUGAGAUUUUCACCAACCAGGUCUCCAUCGCCUCUGGAAUCUCGGGGACAGAUGGCGUUGCCUUCAUCAAGUUCCAGUAUAAGCUGGGCAGUCAGCUGAUCGUCACCGCCACGAAGCAUGCCUAUGUGCCAAACUCUGCCCCGUGGAAGCCAAUCCGAUUACCUGUAUUUUCUUCUCUGAGCCUUGGCCUGCUUCCAGAACGAUCUGCUACUCUAAUGGUAUAUGAAGACGUUGUCCAAAUAGUAUCAGGAUUCCAAGGUGCCCGGCCACAGCCUCGCGUUCAUUUCCAGCGAAGAGCUCUGAGGUUGCCCGAGAACACCAGCUAUAGUGAUCUGACUGCGUUUCUCACAGCUGCCAGCUCCCCUUCCGAAGUGGACAGUUUCCCUUAUUUGCGAGGAUUAGAUGGAAAUGGAACAGGAAACAGCACAAGGUAUGACCUGACCCCAGUCACAGCCGUCAGUGUCCACUUGCUCAGCAGUGAUGGGACGCCGGUGCUGGUGGAUGGGCCCAUCUAUGUCACGGUGCCGCUGGCCACACAGAACAGCCUGAGGCACAAUGCCUACGUUGCAGCGUGGCGGUUUGACCAGAAACUGGGAACGUGGCUGAAGAGUGGGCUGGGGCUUGUGCACCAGGAGGGCAGCCAGCUGACGUGGACCUAUAUUGCCCCACAGUUGGGGUACUGGGUGGCAGCCAUGUCUCCUCCCAACCCAGGUCCCGUUGUAACACAGGACAUUACCACGUAUCACACGGUGUUUCUUUUGGCCAUUUUAGGAGGAAUGGCUUUCAUACUUUUGGUUUUGCUGUGUCUCCUUUUAUAUUAUUGCAGGAGGAAGUGUUUAAAACCUCGCCAGCACCAUAGAAAACUGCAGCUUCCUACAGCCCUAGAGAGCUCCAAGAGAGAUCAGUCAACUUCCAUGUCACACAUAAACUUGCUGUUUUCCCAUCGAGAGUCUGAAUUCCCUGGUCCGCUGUCUGUCACCAGCCACAGCCGCCCAGAUGCACCAGGCUCAAAGGAGCUGAUGAGCGGGGUCCAUUUGGAAAUGAUGUCUUCCAGCGGAGAAGUGGAUCUCCACACCCCCAUGCUAAAACUUUCCUACAGUACCUCACAAGAAUUUAGCUCUCGAGAGGAACUUCUCUCUCAGAAGGAAGAGGGUAAAAGCCAAAUCUCCUUUGAUAACCUGACACCAAGUGGCACAUUAGGAAAAGACUACCGUAAGUCUGUGGAGAUUUUUCCCCUAAAAUCAAGAAAAUCUAUAGAAAGAGACAGCUAUGAGUCCCCUGGCAAUGACGAGUACAGGAGGAGUUACAAUGCUAUGCUUUCACAGCCUUUAUUUGACAAGCAAGACAGAGAAGGUCAAGCAUCCACUAACCAUAUCUCCACAGGAAGUAAACUCACCAUUCAGGAACACACAUACCCCACGCCUUCAUCUCCUGAGAAAGAACAACUGCUGGACCGCAGACCUACUGAAUGUAUGAUGUCGCGAUCAGUAGAUCAUCUUGAAAGACCGACAUCUUUUCCACGACCAGGCCAGUUGAUCUGCUGUAGUUCGGUUGACCAGGUCAAUGACAGCGUUUACAGAAAAGUAUUACCUGCCUUGGUCAUCCCCGCUCAUUAUAUGAAAUUGCCAGGGGACCAUUCCUAUGUCAGCCAGCCUCUGGUCGUCCCGGCUGACCAGCAACUUGAAAUAGAAAGACUUCAGGCUGAGCUUUCCAAUCCUCAUGCAGGGAUCUUCCCACACCCUUCAUCUCAGAUACAAGCCCAGCCAUUAUCCUCCCAAGCGAUAUCACAGCAGCACCUGCAAGAUGCAGGUGCCCGAGAGUGGAGUCCCCAGAACGCGUCCAUGUCAGAGUCUCUCUCCAUCCCAGCAUCACUCAAUGACGCGGCUUUAGCUCAGAUGAACAGUGAGGUUCAGCUUCUGACAGAAAAGGCUCUGAUGGAACUUGGGGGUGGGAAGCCACUUCCACAUCCCCGAGCAUGGUUCGUCUCUCUGGAUGGAAGGUCCAAUGCUCAUGUUAGACAUUCAUACAUUGAUCUCCAAAGAGCUGGAAGGAACGGGAGUAAUGAUGCCAGUUUGGAUUCUGGUGUAGAUAUGAAUGAACCAAAAUCUGCCCGGAAGGGAAGAGGAGACCCUUUGACUCUUCAGCAGAACCACCCACCUGUCCAGGAGCACCAGCAAAAAGAACCGAGAGCCCCAGACAGCACCGCCUACACACAGCUCGUGUAUCUGGAUGACAUGGACCAAAGCAGCAGUGAGUGUGGGACCACAGUCUGUACCCCCGAGGACAGUGCCCUGAGAUGCUUGUUGGAUGGCUCUAGUCGGAGAAGUGGUCAGUUGCCCAGCCUGCAGGAAGAGACAACAAAACGAACUGCAGAAGUCCCACUGGAGCCAUCAGCCAGUCCUAAACACAGAAGGUCUGCUCAUGAGGAAGAGGAAGAUGAAGAUGACGAUGACGACCAAGGCGAAGACAAGAAAAGCCCCUGGCAGAAACGGGAGGAAAGACCCCUGAUGGCAUUUAACAUUAAAUGAGCUGUCACAGAGCCACCAACUGUGGAAUAUAAAAUUGCCAAAUAUUCUUUCUUACGGAAGCUCUUACUUGUUCAUGGAGGAAACUGAACAGUGGCAACUGUGGAGAGUGGACUUGACUGCGUAACUGUUUGCUGUGUAAAUGUUAGGAAGGAUUUAAAGUUCUGACUCAGAGUAAAGGAUGGUUUUAAUGGAUGCCCCCAGUGAGGUGGCUGAAAGUAGUGUCUGAAUGUUGUUCCACGUACUUGAUAUGUCCACCACGGAGGACGCUGAGAAACCACAGAUGAUGUUGCUAGGUUUUAAUGAUAACCUCAGUUCUCCCUCAGAUUAUGGGAACAGAUGAAACUCUUUUUGCAUUGCUUGAAUCAGUUUUAUCAUGAUAAUGCUACUGUAAAGUGAUGACUGAGAAAACUAGGCUGGCACUUAGUGCCUAAAGGUAUGCAUUGUCUGAAAGGAAAGCUAUGCAUCGCUGCUUUGUAGUAUUUUGCUUAGAUUUUGCUUUGGUUAGGUUUUGGUUUGCUUUUUUUUUUUUAAAAUACAAUUUGGUUUUAAAGAUUUUAUGCCUUCAUUUUCAUCCGUUCUACUUCUCAGUGGUUUCCUUCCGUGUCUCCCUUCUGGAAGUCCUGAGUGUCAACUCUUAACAUGCAAGCCUUUUAAUGAAAUCCUGCGUUUAUCAGCUUAAGAGUCCUUCAAUUCUGGUCCCAUGAACUCCAAGUGCCUUUUUUACAGUGACAAUAGAGAGUCCCUCACUUUUUUUUUUUUUGGUUUGUUUUUCUUAACUCCUUUAAUUGAACUGCCUGGGUUUUAUAAAUUUAUGAAAUUGUACCCCUUUUCUUUAAACUGCAUGUCGCCAAGUGCCCACAUGUGCUCACCAUUCUCAUUGCCGUGCCGUGCACUCCGCAGUUACCACGUGUAAUGUGGGUUCUGUUUAGCUAAGAUAGACUAGCGGACACUUUAGAGACACCCUUCUCUACUCCAUCCCUUUGGCCACUAGCCACCAUUAUGGUUUUAUUGGCUGUUUGUAUAUACGGUUACGUAUUAACUCGGGAAUCCUAUGGGCUAAUCUUGCUCACCAGACAUGGAGUAUGGACUGAGCAAUGUGACUGAAUGUGACUAUUAAAAAAAAAAAAAUGUUAUGUACUAUCCAAAAGUGCCAGAAUGACUUUUCUGUGCAUUCUCCUUGAAGAGCUGCUUGGUUAUCCAAAAAUGAAAAUUCAAAAUAAACUCUGAAGAAACAUG